AUGGCAGAAGCUAACCUUUUGGAUUCCCUGCUUAGGAAUCCUUCUCCUUGCAGGGAAACAGAAAGUCCUCUUCCCUCCCGAGAGUUACCUUCUCCUACUCUUUCUUACAAACAAGCGUUGCAGACCUUCCUUCCUAUCCAAAACGAGUCCUUUGCAGCCCAAGAGGUCUCGAAUGAUGAGGACGAAGAUGAGGAUGAUAUUCUCUGCAUCACUCCUUCUAGAGAGGAAAAACAGAGGAUGAGAGCACCAUGGAAUAACUCUGUUCUUAUAAAAGUGACAGGCCGCCCUCUCCCUCUCAACAUAGUUAAUGAGAGGCUUAAGGUCCUUUGGAAACCUACAGGAAAAUUACAGUUGAUUGACAUUGAUGGGGGAUGUUUUUUGGUAAGGUUGGAGUGUCGGGAUGAUCAUCUCAAAAUCCUGCAGGGAGGACCAUGGUUCAUGGGAGCCAAAUGUGUUUUUGUACGGAAAUGGAAGGCUAAUUUUAAUCCAUUUUUGUGGGAUGAACAUCGUUGGUCAAUAGUUUGGGUAAGGCUUCCUAAUCUUCCUUAUGAAUACUAUGAUAAGCCCUUUAUCUCUAAGGUUGGUUCGGCCCUUGGUAAAUUACUUAAAGUUGAUUUCCAUACAAAUGAUGGUAGCAAAGGUCGUUUUGCUAGAUUAUGUCUUCAGGUUGAUCUAACAAAACCGCUCAGGCAAAAAUUCAAGAUUGUGAAGUGGGUUCAGCAUAUCCAGUAUGAAGAUAUCAAGUUUUGCUUCCAUUGUGGGUUCGUUGGUCAUAAGAAUGAUUCCUGUCCAAAUUCUUCUACUUUGGAGGGUAGUGAAACGGACGUGCAUGCCGUAUCGAAAUUUGGCCCUUGGGUGGUAAUUAGAAAGGACAAAAAGAAGAUGCAUGCUGUUAAAGAUAGAGGCAGAUCUUUUUUUAGGAAAGUUGGGCAAAGCAGUGGCCCUAUAGACAACAAGGCCCAAGCUGAUUAUGCUCAUGUUGAUAAUAGGCCGGUUAACCCAAAUAAUUUAGCCUACCAUUUAAAAGGCAAGGCUAGGGUUUUAGAGCAUCAUCUUUCCCCAUCUCAUUCUUCCCAAACCCGAAACCCCUAUCCCCAGCCGUCGUUACCUGAUAAUGGAUCUACCGCCUCAGUCGCCGUUUUUCAACUUCAACAUUAUCACGGGCCGAAUCCGGUGGACAGUGAGGAUCCUGGAAAUGAUGGGAGAGUCAACUAUCUCUCGAGAGAACAUGCUCAGAAUCUGAUGAACUGGCUCGAUUUCAAGGAGUUUGUGAUGGAACCGGAAGAAGAUGAAGCGCCAAGGGCUUAUCAUGGUCUUGAAGAGCACAAUGGAGCUAAUGGAGAUCAUACCUUGGAUAAACUUGGAGAUGUCUCGGAUAUUCAAGAAGCUGCUAUGGUUGAUCCCGGACAAGGUGUAGGUAAUUUCCUUGUUCCUUCCUUGAGGAGGUGUUCAAUUCCAGGUCUAAUUGAAGACUUAGGGCCGACGAACGAAGAGAGCUUGCUUUGUGAAGGCCUAUUGGAUUUAAGUGGUACUAGGGCUUUGAAGGCUUACCCAGGUACCAUGGAAGGAGAACAAGAUCAAGCCAAUUUGGCUACUCUGUUGCAAACCCUAAUGCAACGAUUGGGCACUAUGGAUACUAAAUUCGAUGCUUUAGCCAAUGAUGUCCAACAAGUAAGGCAAGAACGAAAUCAACAAGCUCAACAAGGAGCCAAUGCCGUAAACAACAAUGAAAGAGUUCAACCUCCACCAAGACAAGUUGUUCCUCGGAUGGAUCCAAUGGAGAGAUUGAGGCAAGAAGAGCUUGGAGGGUCGAAGUUCAUGAAGCUCCAACGAGCCACUAUAGCAAGAUUUUUGGCGGGGUUGAAUAGGGAAAUUCAUGACAUUGUGGAGAUGCAACAACACUAUGAUGUUGAGGAAUUGCUUCAACAUGCAUUGAAGGCUGAGAGCCAAGUGAAGAGGAAAAAUAAGAGCUUUGCAUCAUCAUCAAGCUCAUGGAAAACUCCAAUCAAGAAAGAUGAGAAAUCAUCCAACAAAGAGAAAGAGUUGGCGCAAAAAGGAGCAAGUCCUAAAACCGAUCCUAAGCCUUCAUCGGGUUCAUCUUCUAAGAAUCAUGUUAAAUGCUUUAAGUGUCAAGGAUAUGGUCAUUAUGCAAAGGAUUGCGUUAACAAGAAGGUUAUGUAUACUAAUGACUAUGGGGAAAUUUUUAGUGAAGAUGAAGAAUUUCCAUUAGGUUCUAGUGGAGAUGAUAAAAGGGGAUUGUCAUAUGAGGAUGAGGAUGAUGAUGGUUCAACACCGGCACUCUUGAACUUAGUUGCAAGGAGAACUUUAAGUGCCUAUGUUAAAGGAGAUGUGCACAAUCAAAGGGAGAAUUUGUUUCAUACUAGGAUAUACGAUGAUAAGGUGCUAUGUGAUGUGCUACCAAUGCAAGCAUACCAUGUCUUACUUGGUCGACCAUGGCAAUAUGACAACAAGGUCCAUCAUGAUGGUGAGACAAAUAAGUAUUCUUUUAUGUGUGGUAAGCGUCCUAUUACUUUGAUUCGUUUAUCACCUCAAGAAGCUUUAAAAGAUCAAAUAAAAGUGAGGGAUGAAUUUGCUAAAUUGGAAUCUGAAUUUAGGACUAAAGAAAAAGGUAAGCUUGUUAGUACUAGUAUGAAUUGCGUUGAUAGUAAAUCUGAUUUGGUUGAUAAGCAUGCUAGUUCUAAGAAAGUUAAUAAGGAGUGUAUGUUAGCUACUAAGAGUGAGAUUAAAGAAGCUUUGAAUGAUAAUUCUGUUUUGAUCUUACUUUUGCUUAAAUAUACACUUGUGAGCACUAACCACUUGGAAAAAGAGCUUCCAAGCAACAUUGUUUCUCUUUUGAGUGAUUAUGUAAAUGUGUUUCCUGAGGAGAUUCCUAAUGGUUUACCACCAAUUAGGGGGAUUGAACAUCAAAUUGACUUCAUCCCUGGGGCGCAAAUACCUAAUAAGCCAGCUUAUAGGACAAAUCCUGAAGAAACAAAGGAAUUGGAGAAGCAAGUUGGUGAACUACUUCAAAAAGGGUUUGUGCGUGAAAGCCUUUCUCCAUGUGCAGUUCUUGUUUUGCUUGUUCCUAAGAAGGAUGGGCCUUGGAGAAUGUGUGUUGAUUGUAGGGCAAUAAACAACAUCACGGUAAAUUAUCGUCACCCUAUUCCUAGAUUAGAUGAUAUGCUUGAUGAAUUGCAUGUUAUGCCUUUUGGAUUGACUAAUGCACCUAGUACAUUCAUACGAUUAAUGAAUCAUGUUUUAAGAGCUUUUAUUGGCAAGUUUGUUGUUGUUUAUUUUGAUGAUAUACUUGUGUAUAGUCGAAACCUAGAUGAGCAUGUUAAGCAUCUAAGAUGUGUGUUAGAUGUACUUAGGGUUGAGAAAUUAUAUGUUAACCUUAAGAAGUGCACCUUUUGCACAAACAAGCUUGUUUUUCUUGAUUUUGUGGUGUCAUCGCAAGGUAUAGGGGUUGAUGAGGAGAAGAUCAAGGCAAUCAAAGAUUGGCCAACUCCCACCAACGUUGGUCAAGUAAGAUCUUUUCAUGGACUAGCCGGAUUCUAUAGGAGGUUUGUUAAGGACUUUAGCACCUUAGCCACACAUAUUACUAGUGUGAUGAAGAAGAAUGCACCAUUCAAGGGGGGAAAAAAACAACAAGAAGCAUUUGAGACCUUGAAGGAAAAAUUAACUAAUGCUCCUUUGCUUGUUUUACCUAACUUUAACAAUACUUUUGAGAUUGAAUGUGAUACAUCAGGGGUUGGAAUUGGAGCUGUUUUGAUGCAAAGUGGGAAGCCCGUCGCAUAUUUUAGUGAGAAAUUGAAUGGGGUUGCAUUGAAUUAUCCAACUUAUGACAAAGAGUUGUAUGCUCUUGUGAGGGCGUUGCAAACUUGGCAACACUACCUAUGGCCUAAGGAAUUUGUGAUUCAUACGGAUCAUGAGAGCUUGAAGUAUUUAAGAAGCCAACAAAAGUUGAACAAGCUACAUGCUAAGUGGAGCGAGUUUAUAGAGAGUUUUCCUUAUGUUUAUAUUAAGGAAUUCUAUGCUAGUGAUGUUUACUUUGGUGAAAAUUUUAAAGCAUGUGAAAAUUCUGGAUUUGGAAAGUAUUAUAAGCAUGAUGGAUUUUUGUUUAAGGAAUCUAGAUUGUGUGUGUCUUCUUGUUCUUUGCGCAUCUUGCUCAUGAGGGAAUCGCAUGAAGGAAGUUUAAUGGGUCACUUUGGAGUUGAUAGAACAUAUGACAUAUUGCAUGAACAUUUCUUUUGGCCUAAGAUGCGACAUGAUGUAGGAAAGUAUGUUGCUAGUUGCAUUGUAUGUUUACAAGCUAAAUCUACAUCUAAACCUCAUGGAUUGUAUACUCCUUUGCCUAUUCCUCAUGAACCAUGGACUCAUAUUAGUAUGGACUUUGUGUUAGGUUUACCUCGUUCUAGGAGAGGUAAAGAUUCUAUCUUUGUGGUUGUUGAUAGGUUUUCUAAGAUGGCACACUUCACUGCAUGCACUAAAACGGAUGAUGCCAUUAAUGUAGCUAAUUUGUUCUUUAAAGAGAUUGUUAGACUACAUGGAAUGCCUAGGACGAUUGUGAGUGAUAGCGAUGCUGAGUUCUUAAGUCACUUUUGGAGAACUUUGUUGGCUAAGUUAGGUACUAAAUUGUUGUUUUCAACUACUUGUCAUCCUCAAACCGAUGGUCAAAAGGAAGUAGUUAAUAGGACUUUGUCUACCUUGCUUAGGGCAUUAAUUAAGAAGAACUUAAGAACUUGGGAGGAUUGUCUACCUCAUGUUGAAUUUGCAUACAAUAAAAGCAUACAUAGCACUACUGGAUAUUCACCUUUUGAAACUGUGUAUGGCUUUAAUCCUUUAACCCCAUUGGAUUUCUUGAGUUUACCUUUGAGUGUGCAAGUCGACAUGGAUGGACAAAGGAAGGGCGAUUUUGUUAGGGAACUUCAUGCUAGGGUUCGAGCUCAAAUUGAGAAGAAAACACAACACUACAUGAAGGUUGCUAACAAGGGGCGCAAAGAGAUCAUCUUUGAACCUGGAGAUUGGGUUUGGUUGCAUCUAAGGAAGGAAAGGUUCCCUGAAAAGAGAAAGUAUAAGCUCUUACCUCGUGGAGAUGACUUAUCCUUGUUUGAUAGUGAUGUAGAUUUGAGGACAAAUCCUUUUCAAGGGAGAGGGGAUGAUGCACCAAGGGCUUAUCAUGGUCUUGAAGAGCACAAUGGAGCUAAUGGAGAUCAUACCUUGGAUAAACUUGGAGAUGUCUCGGAUAUUCUAGAAGCUGCUAUGGUUGAUCCCGGUUUAAAAGGAAGCAUGGAGGAGCAUGGAGAGGAUGCCAUCGUACAAGACCGGCCAUUGCAUGGAGGGAUCGCACAUGACCGGCCAUGGCAUGGGCCAAUCGCACAAGACCGAGCACAACCGGCCAUUUGA